AUGUCAGUGGCUGCGAGCCGAAAUCGAGUACUUGGUCUAUACAAGGAUAUCCUGAAGCUAGGGAAACACUGGGAAGCAAAGGAUGCUCAGCGAACGCUGAUCGAGCGCAAAGACAUAUUGGAAGAAGCCACAAGGACGUUCCGCGAAAAUAAAGAGGUGACCGAUCCAAAACAGAUCGCGGAGUUGAUAUUGGAAGGAGAGAAGCGUUUGGUUCAAGCAAAACAUUAUGGCAUACCUUACGUCAGACCUAACUACGUCCUCCCUCAAACAGCUUAUAAUGUCAACAUCGCCAACAAACAAUUCAAGAAAAUUAAUCGGAAGCCGCGAAGCUGA